ACCCACACGAUGGUGGAAGUCGUGGACCGCAAUAUCAUCCGCACGCUGAAGCAGAGCGCUGUGUGCUGCUCGCAGAUCAUGACGAUGAUGCUCCCCAUGAGCGAAACCAUCCGCAUUGCGCGCGAUUUGAACGAUUAUUUCUCGCUGGCGACGAUGAAGAAGGAGGAGAUUCGCGAGUAUAUCACUCGCCAUCCCACGCGAUUCACAAACCUCGACUAUAUGAAUCUGUUUAAGAUCACCACGGAGGAUCGAGAACGCGACGACGCUGCGAUCGAUUGGAUUGAGGAUAUUCUACAAGCAGCGAAGGCGGAGAGAGCUGCGAAGGCGAAGGGUGCUGCAAAGUCGAAGGGUGCUGCAAAGUCGAAAUCAAGAAUGUAAAAAACUGAAUCAUAUUGUGGAUUGUUUGUAUUGAGAAAACAAGCCAAGCUACGAACUGCCAAAGAUGAUUGAGGGGAAAUAGUAUGUAACAAUGCCUUGGUAAUAGUCGACCCAAGCAAUUCCUUGAUCGACAAAGGAAUCCAAUUCUUUGACCCAUCGGCCAUGGUCAUCGGUUCCCAAGUCAGACACACAUAUUUUCCCAUUUUGUCUGUUCGCUUUUGAAAGGACUUUGAGUGAGUCCACGGUGAAGUUCAUAUCUGAUGACUUAAUAUACUCCACGACUCCAUCCCUAUCUUCGAUGGUUUCGAUCGUGAGCGAAUUGGAUAGACAGGAAAGCUUUCGCACAGCGGUACGAAUAUCAUCGCGGUGGACAUGCUCAGCGUUUUUAUUUUGAUUGAGUCGUUCCUUGACUUCCGUGAGACGGAUCAAACCACCGUUUUCAUAACGUGUGUUAAUACAGACUCCGAGCACACGCAUUCCAAGCGAUUUAUAAAAUUCAUCCAAAUUCUUGUUUAAUAAUCCUGCUAAAAACCCUUUCUUCUGAGUAAAAGGAUCGACUCCGAUAUCAUUGCAAAGUUUGUAGAAUUUCUUUUGAUACUCAUCAUCUCCCUGUAAAACUUCCUUCUGAUUUUCCACAAUACGCUGUAGGCAGGAUUGUAAAGUCAGAACUGAACUCUUUAACGUUUCCACUCUUUUUUGUUCUUCAUCAUCGUCCAGCUGUGUUCUUUCUUCCAUUCUUGUCAAGCAACAAAACCCAGUAGACUGGAUAUGCAAAGCAAGCUAUAAUGAUAUUCUGGGUUAAAAUUCGAAUUUCCCGCGGUUUCACUGACUUGAUGGAUUGACGCUUUUCUUUUUCCUGAAAUCUUACUGAGCGUGAUUGCAAUCCAUUGCUCCUAUACACAGCUCCAUGUCCAACCAAAAUAGCAAAACUAUAUUAUCAACUUGCAUAUUACUAGUUGAGAAUAGUAAUACACGACCUGCAUGUUUUUAAGAAUCGAUGGGGUAUCUUUGGCUAUUUUGAGGGUUGCCGCGGGAAUGCAGCCGUUUUUCUCAUAUAUCGCCUCGAUCAUAUUCUACUCAUUCUAAUAGAAGGAUUCUAUAAUGCAACCAGGUAGGUAUCAUGAAAUAUAUGAUAUAUUGUUAUUUUUGUAAUAUGGGUUCGUUGCUAAAUUUGUCUAGAAAUAGAGAAAUACGUUCCUCCGCAUUUGCGACAUGCAAUAGCGGACAACAGUCAAGUAGCGAACAGACCGAGGCCCUCUGAGACCAACUCGAUGGCAAAUAGGGGCAACAGCGGUUAUUUAUGGAAACGAAAUUCAGAGGGAGGGUCAUCUGAUAGUUACAAUCCUCCUGCCAGCUCGAACAGCAGAUUCCAAAACUCCAGAGAAAUGCGAGAUGAUCACUCCACCCACAACUAUUAUCCGCCACACGCCACUUCUAAUCCGCCAAUAUCGAGUCGUUGGGCUGGAUUGGUUCAGGAAACAUAUCCACCUCGCCGCUGGACGAACCGACGCGGAGCCUACAAGAAUCACCUUGGUUUCCAUGGUUCUUUGCGCCCUUCCAGAUUUUCUGAAAAGGAGUUAUUCGAGUCAAUGGAACAUGUAACGGAAGGAAUAAACUUUGAUAACUACGACAACAUUCCAGUCGAAGUGAACGGUGACAACAUCCCCGAGCCCAUUCCCGAGUUUUCGGAAGAAUACAUUCCCAAAUCGCUUCUCGAUAAUAUCAUUCGCUGCGACUACAGACGUCCCACCCCUGUGCAAAAAUACGGUCUCGCCAUCGGCUGCAUUGGCCGCGAUUUGAUGGCCUGCGCGCAGACAGGCUCGGGCAAAACCGCGGGCUUCCUGUUCCCCAUCAUCAUCUCCAUGCUCCGCAACGGUCCCAGCAAGGCUCCGCUCCCCGACGACUACGGCGAUCGCUACUUCCCGACCUGCCUCAUCCUCUCCCCGACGCGUGAGCUGGCUCUCCAGAUCUACCAGGAAUCGCAGCGCUUCUGCUACUGCACCGGCAUCGCCUCCGCCGUCGUCUACGGCGGCACGCCCAUGCGCGAAGUCCUGGACUCGCUUCGCUCCGGCUGCGACAUCCUCGUCGGCACGCCCGGCCGCGUCAAGGACAUGAUCCAGCGCGGCAUUCUCGGCCUCGAAGGCAUCACCCAUCUCGUGCUGGACGAGGCGGACCGCAUGCUGGACAUGGGUUUCGAGCCGCAGAUCCGCGACAUCGUGGAGCAGUCGGGCAUGCCGCGCAACCGCCAGACGCUCAUGUUCUCCGCGACGUUCCCCGACGAGAUCCAGCGCCUCGCGGGCGACUUCCUCAUCGACUACGUCUUCCUCGCCGUGGGCCGCGUCGGCGGCGCCGCGCAGGACAUCGAGCAGCGCGUGAUCUACGUGGAGGACGCCGACAAGGACUCCUACCUCCUCCACGAGCUGGAGAACUGGGGAAACGGACGGAUCCUGAUCUUCGUGGAGACGAAGCGCAAGGCGGACAUUCUGCAGCGCUAUCUCACCACGCAGCACUUCCAGGCCGCGUCCAUCCACGGCGACCGCUCCCAGGCCGACCGCGAGGACGCGCUCAGCGCGUUCAAGCUCAACCGCGUGCAGAUCUUGGUGGCGACGGACGUGGCCGCGCGCGGACUGGACAUUCCCGACGUGUCGCUGGUGAUCAAUUACGACACGCCGCAGAACAUCGAGGACUACGUCCACCGAAUCGGACGCACGGGGCGCGCUGGAAACACCGGCGUGGCCAUCAGCUUCAUCAACGAGAACAAUCGCCCCAUCGCGCGCGAUUUGUACGAUCUGCUCGAUGAAAAUAGUCCCGAUUUUUGGAUUCACUGA